AUGCUUUACUCAGGUCAUCCGGUUGGACUGCUAGGAGAAGAAGGAGGAGCUACAACAGGCACGCUAAGCGAUGGUGUCCCCGGAAUCGAAUCGUCUGAACACCAUAAUCCCCCAGAAAUGCUCGACGGACUUGACGGAACAGCAGGAACUUGCAAAAAAGAGAAGGAUAUAAAUAAAGACGGUCAGGCUAAGUUAGAUCACCCUAACCUAGGUACGGAGUGUUGUAAGCUUUGCGGCAAGAGCGUAGCGAACAUAAAAAAGCACAUGAAAUCGCAUUUCCCCGAUAAGUAUCAGUGCCAAAUAUGCAUGAUAUCGUUAACGAGAUCGGACAAUUUGAAAAGGCAUAUUAAAUUAAAGCACGGGAUACAAGAGGGAUCGUUGAUAUCGCCGUUCAUGCGUUUAGAGCACAAACACUUUCUAGCGAAAUCGGAAUCAGCUUACCUCACCUAG